AUGUCGUCAAAGGAACUGACCGCCUUCCUCGCCUGGGCUGAAGAGAACGAAAUCGUCUGGGACAAAGCCGCUAUCGAGAUCAAAGAGACUCCCGCCAAAUACGGUCUCGGCGUCUUUGCAAAGAAGCUCCUCGAACCCGGUUAUGAAGCGAUCCAGGUUCCCAAGGCAAUUGUGUUGUCGGUCCAGACGACAGGAAUUGCCAACUUGCUGGAGGAUGACGAGAUUGAGGGCGAUACCGCAUUGACCAUUGGAUGCAUGUACGAGCUCUCGCGUGGUGCUCAGUCUCCCUGGGCGCCUUACUUGGCUCUCUUGACCAAGCGUCCUCCUCAAAUGGCCACUGCCUUGUCCAAAGAGUCUCGUGAGAUGAUGAAGAUGUGCGAGGCCUACAACGAUAUCGAGGCUGACAUUAAGGAUAUGCAGGAGGAUUUCGAGUCGAUUGUGGUGCCAUUUAUCGAAAAGAACUCGGAUGUCUUUACCGCAGAGAUUAAGGCCAAGUUCUUUACGUUGGAAGCAUUCAGGGCCAUGAUGGAGAUUGUCUCAUCCAGAGGCAUGGAUGUCGAUAACUUCCAUGUCACCGCUUUGGUUCCCUUUGCCGACUUUGUGAACCACAACCCUAUGCCUAAUGCGGAUUACUUGACUCACGAGGAAGUCUGCGAGAUCUGCGGCGCUUUGGCUUGUGAGCACAUGGAAGACGGCUCUGAUGACGAGGACGAUGAGGAGAACGAGGACGAAUCUGACGACGACGAGGUCCCUGACUUGGCUGGAGACGACUCGGCCCCAGCUGCCGACAAGAAGGCUGCUGCUGCCAAGGGAAAGAAGGCUGGGGAGGGCAUGGAGGAAGAUGGUGAGGAGUGGGAGGACGAGGAUGCAGAGGAAGACGAUGACGAGGAGAUCAACGACACCUGCGACAUUAUCCUGGACGACGAGGUCAAGAAGGGCGAAGAGAUCACCCGUCACUAUGGUCCUUACCCCAACAAGAUUCUCCUGAGCAAGUACGGAUUCGCAGUCGAGGGCAACCCCCAUGACACUGUCACUAUUCAGCUGGAUAUGGUUCGUCAGGCUGCUCAGAAGAUCCUUAAGGAUGAGAAGUUGAUUGAGGAGAGGACAGCCUGGUUCUUGGAGAAUGAGGAUACCUUUAUCGGCGCUGAGGAAGAUGAGGAGGAGGAGGGUGGAUGCUGCGGUGGAGGAGACCAUGAUCACGACCACGAUCAUGAGCACGGACAUGGACACGAACAUGCUGAGGGUGACGAUUGCUGUGCGCCCAAGGCCCCCAAGAAGAAGGCUGCUGAGGGUGAGGCUGAGGAUGAGGAUGACGAGGAGAUGGAGGGUGAGGAGGAAGAAGAGGAGGAGGAUUUCCCUAGAGACAUCAUGUACAUGAUGCACGACGGCUCGAUCGAUGACCGCCUGCUUAUGCUCCUCAACAUCCUGUUCAUGGAGAAGGACCAGUUUGCUAAGGUUCAGGAGGACAUGGAAGCCGCCAUGGAAUACUUCAACGAUAUCUUUAUGCGUCGCGAGCAGGAGGAGCGCGGUGACGAGGAUGAAGAGAUGGAGGACGAUGACGACGAGGAAGAAGGACACGAGAAGGUCCCCAAGCCCGAGUUGGGUCCUCGCGACGAGAAAAGCAAGAAGACCCGCAAGGCUGUUCUGGAAGCUAUUCUGACCCUUAUCCGUAUCCGUGCCGAUGCCUUUGGCGUCACUGACAAGACCACAGCCGAGCAGGACUUGGCGUCUCUCAAGAAGGCAAAGUUGUCUGGACCACUUUACUAUGGAGGACUCUGUGUUCAGGGCGAAAAGCAGAUUCUUCAGAACGGACUCCAGGGAUACGACAGCUUCCUUGCCGAGCUUUGA